AUGGCCAGCCUCAACCCCUACGGCAAGCUGAACGAAGCCGAGCAAGAAAGGCUGGUGGCGCGCCGCAAAACGCGCAGACGCAUCACCAUCAUCGCCCUAUCCAGCAUGGUCCUUGUGGCCGUCGUCGUCGCCACCGCCGUCAGCGUCACUCAAACCCGAGACAACGGAAGCAAGAAACAGCCCACCGUGUCCACCUCCCUCAAGGCCUCCUGCGCCACCACACUCUAUCCGGACUCUUGCUACACCAGCCUCUCCCCUCUCGUGAAAUCCCGCAACGUCACCCCUCAAGAACUCUUCAAACUCUCUCUCCAAGUCUCCAUCGACGAGCUCUCCAAAGCCUCCACCGCAUUCCUCGAAAACACGGUCAAGUCCCUCAACAUCACCGACAAAAAAACCCUCGCCGCCGUCGACUGCUGCCACGAGCUCUUCCUCCUAGCGCUCGACCACCUCAACGACUCCAUCUCCGCCGCCGGCCUCCACGACAUCCGCACGUGGCUGAGCGCCGCGGGGACGUAUCAGCAGACGUGCAUAGACGAGCUCAGCGCCACGUCUGGUAUGCUCAGCUAUCUCACGGAGGAGCAUCUCAGGAACACUACGGAGUACACCAGCAACAGCCUGUCGCUCAUUGACACCAUCGAGGAAAAAAUCGACGAGCUCAAAUCCAAAGCGGGGCGCCGCCUGAUGAGCGCCUCCCCCGGGGAGUGGAUGUCGCUUGGGGAUCGGAGGCUGCUGCAGACGCCGAGCGCGAAGAUGAAGUUCGACGCGGUGGUGGCUAAAGACGGGAACGGUGACUACAAGACCAUCGCGGCGGCGCUGAAGAAGGUGCCGGAGAAGAGUAAGCAGAGGUUUGUUAUAUAUGUGAAGAAGGGUGUUUAUGUUGAGAAUGUGAAGAUCGAGAAGAACAUGUGGAAUGUUAUGAUGGUUGGUGAUGGCAUGGAUGCAACUAUUGUCUCCGCCGGCCUCAAUUUUAUCGAUGGAACUCCCACUUUCCAAACCGCCACCUUUGCUGUGACCGGGAAAGGAUUCAUCGCUCGUGACAUGGGGUUCGUAAACACGGCCGGGGCAAACAAGCAACAAGCCGUGGCCCUAAUGUCGACGGCUGACCAAUCGGUCUUCUAUCGCUGCAAAAUGGACGCGUUCCAAGACACGCUCUACCUCCUCUCGAACCGCCAGUUCUACCGCGAAUGCGACAUCUACGGCACUGUUGACUUCAUAUUCGGAAACUCCGCGGUUGUGAUUCAAAAUUGCAACAUUAUGCCGAAGUUGCCCAUGAAAGGCCAACAAAACACCAUCACCGCGCAGGGCAAGAUCGACCCCAACCAAAACACGGGCAUAUCCAUCCAAAACUGCAUCAUUAGACCCGCUGCCAACCUCUCUGGGGUCAACAACUUCUUAGGCCGGCCGUGGAAAAAUUAUUCCACGACCGUUUUCUUGCAGAAUAAGAUAGAGGGGUUCAUCGACCCGAAAGGGUGGCUCCCGUGGGUUGGUACCUCGGCCCCCGAUACCAUCUUCUACGCCGAGUAUGGAAACUGGGGGCCGGGAGCCGACACCAAGAAGAGGGUUAAUUGGAAGGGUUUGAAGCUCAACCUUGAUGCAAAACAAGUGAACAAGUUUACUGUUGACAAAUUUGUCAAUCAGGACAAAUGGAUUAAAGACACAGGUGUUACCUACAAAUCGGGACUUUGA